CAGAAACGAACCAAGGCGACAUGCGAGCAACGGCCAUAUGGACGUCUGUACCACCGCGGCGGCAGCGUCGGCGAAGAUGGAGCACGAAAUUGGGGCUACUCAUGGUGUUUCUAGUUGCCAGCAGCUUCAUGCAGGUGGCAUGCGCUGCAGAUUCGGAAGGCACGUCACCCAACAACCAAGACGAGCCGACGUCGUCGUGGGACGACAUCUCCGACAAGCUCAAGGUGGCGACCGCCAAGGGUCUGUCGAAGCUAUCCUGGGGUUUGGAAUGGCUGGGUUACAAGAGUGGGUUUGGCGAGCAGUGCACAUUUGUCGAGCAUCCGUCGUUGGCCGUGCGCAAACACCUCCAGGCUAACUUGAAAGCCCAAGAUCGCGCUGUGGACGUGCUGGUCGCGUCCAUUGAAGCAUGGGAGUUCUCGCGGACGCAUGCCAAGGACCACGCGCCGCUGGUGCUCGCGCUCACUGGCCCCACCGGCACGGGCAAAACCGAGUCGUCAAACUUACUCGCGGAAGCGCUGUUUAAAUGGACAAAGCGCCUCGACCAUAGCGACAAGGACUCGCCGUCGGGGCUGUUGGUAUUCCGGGGCGAAGACUUUAGCGACAACUACACCAACCCUGUGAGCCAGUACCAAGAGCAAAUCAAGUCCAGGCUAGCCGAGCACCUGUUUCGCUGCUCGGGCAAGGCGUUGGUCGUGUUUGAUGAAGUGCAAAAGGUGAUUCCACAUACAUUGGAUGUACUCACCAGUGCCAUGAGCUCCAACGCCCACCUGACAUACCACCGCGGGGGCGUCGAGCGGCGCAUCGAUACAGCGGACGUGGUGUUCCUUCUCAUCUCGGAUAUUGGGGUCGCCAAGAUGGAGCAGCUGCUCAUCCAGUACGACGAUCGCCGCCACGUACCCGCGACGCAGCUCGAGAACGACGUCAAGCGGGCGCUGGACGCGCAGUGGACGCGCCUCCAGUUCGGCAAGAUGGUGCGGCAGGUGGUGCCCUUCUUGCCCUUCGAACCGCAGCAUAUUGUGCUUGUGAUUCAGGCCAAACUGGACCAGCUGAGCGAGUACUACCAGGGCGUGUACUGGAAAUCGCUCGCCUUCGACCCAGCACUAGCCCCCCACCUCUCGACACUCGAGUCGAUGCUGUACAUUGAACGGCGGGCGGUUGUUCGAGGUGUCGACGUGCGCAAAGUGUUUGCCAAGUACGGCGCCCGAAACGUUGAGACCGGCCCGCUGCAGCAGCUCAAGUCCAAACUCAUGCGAUAUGCGCGUCCAUGGAACCCAGAGGCCCAGUUUACCGUGCGUUUGAUGCCAGAUGAACGCACGAUUGAGAUCGUGGCAUGUGUGGAGGCCAGGGCCAACGACCAAGACAAGGCAGACGAAGAUGGAGGAGGAGGUGCGAUCGCCACACUGUCGUGUGUGUCGAGGUGGCAAGGCGAGUUUACAUGAUGGCAAAGCCUCACCGAUGUAGCUAGCUAGCUGCCUGCGCUCUGGUAGCAAGACUGGGCUUGUGUGUAAAUACAGUACCCGUUGAGAGCAUACUUAUUGGGCCAGUCACCCACCAGCGCAACUUGGAAAUAACCCAAUACAGUACAGUAGUAC